GGAAAAGUGCAUUGUUUCUUUGCUUGCUUGCAGUGUUGGUCUUAUUCUUUGAAAAAAGAGCAGGAUCCACGCACCAGUCCAUUCUUUGCUGUCCCACGAUGACCACCGGUUCUACCACCUUUGACAACCGCACACCCGACACGGUUGCUGAUACUGUGAACACCCUCCCGACGAUGAUCCGAUCCAAGAAGGCCCGCAGCGACGCCGGCAACAGCAACAACAACAACAACAACAACAAGGCCAGCGACAGCGACAGCGACCACGGCGAAACGAGGGGCAUCCGCUGGGAGACCCUUUCCCGGUCGGGGACGACCGCCUCGUACGCCUGGCUCCUGCUGCUCUUCUCGGUCCUCGGCGCGGUCGUCUCCCAGUCGGCCCUSGGCGCCGCCGCGAGCGCGCCGCGGCCCCACGAGGAAGCCUCCUUUUCGCCCCCGUCCCUGCGGGCGGGGACCCGCCGGAUGGCGGAGGUGGCAAGGGGGCUCGCUUCCGAAGCAAACGCCACGGUGGUUCCGGCCGAAGCGGCGGAAGCAGCCAAAACGACGACGACAACGACGACGACCACCACGACGGUCUCGGAGCAGCGCCUCUGAUCCCAAGGGGGAAGUCUGGUGAAAUCUACGGAGCUACCCGUAAAACAAUUCCAACAAGAAGAUGAAGGCAACGCAGCGCAACGCAACGCAGAGCAACGAAAAGUCACUCGUCCCCCAUGGAACGGAAAUUUGCGAACCGAAGAAUGUGCGCAUCGUCCGCCGAAACGCACUCCGACGAGGGCACGCUGUAGAACCCGCGCACCGGUGUACGAUUAGAGACUACGAAGCACAGCACUACCCACCGUCUCGACGAAAGAAUACAAGGGAGACGCCGACGAGCGGAGGGAUCGGAAAAAGACGGUGUUUGUAGAUCGAUGGAAGCAAGAGAGUGUAGGGCAUCCACGAAAGCCCCGACUAUGAUGUUUCGCUUGGACGAUCGUUGAAUAACGCGCGAUCAAAAUGCAACGAAGGCUCGGAAUUUCCAUUGGUUUURUUGGUCUCGAAUCCCAUAUUUGCGUUGGAACAGCGAAGGGCGAUGGACCGYACUCGUAUUUAUUGGAUCGAUUGGCAUUCGCUUUCCCUGCAUCGCCUAACRUUCCACACACAACUGUAAUAAAGCACUWAAGAAAAC